AUGCUCAUCGGCAUAUGUGGCCCCAUAUGUGCGGGCAAAGCAACCGUAGCAGACUACUUGAUUAAAAAGCACAACUUUACCCCGUUGACGAUCAAACGAGACGACAAAACUCCUGCGAUCGAGAAAUCUUCAAAUUUCGCCCACUGGACAAGUGCCGCUCUCGAAUUCCCCACUGCACUCUUGCUAGACCAAUAUGUUUCUGAAAAUUGGAGGGAGAAUUACGUCUUGACUACUAUCUGGAACGAAGCUAUCCUCGACACUCUGGCCAAACGCCCUCAUUUCGUCUUACUGAGCAUUGACGCCCCCAUCAGUGUGCGAUGGCAGCGCUUCCGUGAAAGAUGUGCUCAGCAGAACAAACAGCCUCCAGCCUUGGAUGACUUUGUCCUUCGCAAUGAUGAGCAUCUCUACGAUCCCCUAUCGAGCCUGGCUGCUCUGUCGUCUAGAGCUCAGAUAAGAAUCUUGAACCCAACCACCACCAUUCCUGAGCUACAAGCUUCACUCGAUGCCCUGAACCUCCUCGAUCCUGCCAGGAUGAGGCCGACCUGGGACCAGUAUUUCAUGCAGCUUGCUGACCUUGCUGCUCGACGAAGUAACUGUAUGCGAAGACAGGUCGGUUGUGUGCUUGUUCGAGGAAAACGUGUCAUCAGCACCGGCUACAACGGCACUCCGAGGAACGUCACAAAUUGUAACGAAGGCGGAUGUGCUCGUUGCAAUACGAGCAAGGGAGGCGGUACUGGCCUGAGCACAUGUCUGUGUCUCCAUGCCGAGGAGAAUGCCCUUCUCGAGGCUGGCCGAGAGCGUGUCGGUGACGGCGCUGUACUAUACUGCAACACAUGUCCUUGUUUGACGUGCAGCGUCAAGAUCGUUCAGGUCGGUAUUACUGAGGUCGUUUUCAGCCAGAGCUACCACAUGGAUACCCAAAGCGCAAGAAUCUUCCAGGAAGCAGGUGUUCAUCUUCGACAAUAUGCUCCGGUAAGCAUCCUGGUGACGCAGCUAUUCAUGACCGACGUCGAUUGA